AUGAGUAAGCCAGGGCUUCCUGACUGCGUGUACGAACAAGCGGCCGACGUUUUUCGAGCAGCCCGUGUGGAGAAGACCCUGGAUUACAGUGAGUACAGUGAAGGACCUGGAGUACUGCGUUAUGCCCCCGUCCCACACCGUGCUGCCGGAGACGACGGGCACGAGUGCAACACAAAACUAAACAAGGCUCGGGCAUAUGAGCUGGCAUUCAACACUCUGAAAUUCCAAGCGCUGUUGGAGGACAUCGUGAUCGACAGCUGCUUCCAGGCGGCUCAACAACUGCCGGAUGACCUCAUGGACCUGGCAAUGGUCAUGCUGUAUGACCUGCAGGACAGGAAGUUCCUGCCCAGAGUGCCAAUGACGGGAGAAGAGGAGGGGCCUGUGGAGGAAGUGAGGCUGGUGGAGGACAGUCUCUUCAGGUUUAGGACUAAGCUUGCAGCUUCGUUGGCCCGCUUCAGAAUCAAGCAGGAUCUGGUGUGUAUCGAUGACAUUCUGCCAAAAAGUCUGAAAGAAAAGCACCAGAAAAAACAUAAAGUACCCACCUGUGCCUGGGUCAACACACUCAAGAGCAGGUACACACACACAUACACACACAUUCACACACACAUACACACACACACACACACACACACACACAUAUACACACACACACACACACGCAGCGUUGAUGAAGUGUGUGUGAUGCUGAAGACACAGGGCUUCGUUCAGAUCGAUCCACACACACAUCUGGAAGGGAGUGUGUUCUGUAAAGACACACACUGUCCAGACGUCCUGCUGUUUCCACCCAGAGCGCAAGAACUUGUAGACAAGACGACACUGUUAAUGGAUCACACACUUAUAAUACAAGAGAAGUCCCGCAGUCUGGCUGUGUGUGCGCUGCGGCCCCUGAUGGCCCAAAACACUGACAUUCUGAUAGCAGGUUCAUUCUCCGCACACACCGUGGCUCACGUCGGCGUCCAGGCUUCCGUCUUUUCCAACCACGUCUACGUCUGUGGGCUUCCUGCUGACUCCACUCACAGGGAGGAGCUACAAGCAGCGCUGUCUCUCAUUGGCUGCAAAAACAUACGCUUGCUGCCUGAACAGUUUUCCGAGCUGCACGAAGGCGAUACACGUCUCCAGAAGGUUCGAGUCGUUCUGGUGCUGCCCCGGUGCACAGCUUCAGCACUCGCUGACCCCAUAGCACAUAUAAUAAAUGAGGACGGAGACAGGAAUCUGCUGUGGGAUCUGUCUCAGGGCGCCGUGUCUGACACAAAGCUGGAGUCUCUGACCAGAAAACAGAUCCAAGACCUGAGCCACGCCCUGACUUUUCCCAAGGUGCACAGCGUGGUCUACUGCACGUGCUCGGUGUUAGAAGAGGAGAACGAGCUGGUGGUGAAGAGAGCGAUGAAGAUCGCCGCUGUAAGGAGCAAGUUACAGCCGUUCAGGAUAGCAUCUACAGGAUGGACAGAUGACAAGAGUUUCUUCAGACUGCAGGCGUCUGACCUCGGCGAUGGCUGCUUUCUGUGCGUGCUGGAGCGAGAGAAAAGAGAAUCUGUACAGGACAUACUGUUACGUGCAGCAGCCAAAGGUCUCCUGAACGGACUGGCGCUUCCUGAAAAAGUCAAGAACACCAGAACAAAACACACACACAGAGGAGCUUCAUCCCCUCCUCCUCCUCCUCCUCCUUUUCCUCAGGCUGAUCCCUUGCUUUCUGAUGUGCCGAGUGUUUCUGAGCAGCUCCACACUGAUCCUGCAGUCUCAGAAGGUGCCCUGAACCACACACCUGACUCACACUGUUCGUCUCCUGCCCCGGACGACGGUUCUGCCAAUCCGAGUCACGACUCGGCUGCUGAAAAGAUAAAAAAUCAGGAUCGUGCUGAGAAAAAACAGCAGAAAAAAGGGCGCAGGGUCAAAGCAGCCUCGAAACACAGCCGAGGAGGAAAACCCAGGACUCGGAGAACGUACAAGCAAAGGACGAGACAGGCCAGUAAGAAAGUCCAGUGUUAGACUUACACACACACACACACACACACACACACACACACACACAUAUAUA